AUGUUAAUCCCGCCACGUCUACGGACCCGUCAAACCACAACUCUCCUACCGCAGACAUCUCGUAUACCAAAUCUUCUGACUGAGCGUGUUCUGGUGCCUCCUCCAGCAACCGCACUUGCAGAGGAAACAAUAUGUAUCCUCAAUCGAAGCCAACUGGCUGCGAGACAAGCAAUUUCCAAAGACCUGCCUGAGUUCGCUGGAAACCCCGAAGACUGGCCAUUGUUCUUCUCGAUGUACGCGUCAUCUACCCAGAUGUGCGGUUUUAGUAAUGAGGAAAACAUGCUGCGACUACGCAAGUGCCUAAAGGGAAAGGCAUUGGAGGCUGUCAGAUGUCGAUUACUCCAUCCUUCGAAUGUAUCUGGCGUUCUUUCCACAUUGAAAAUGCUAUAUGGCAGACCAGAAACAAUCGUCCAAGCAGCGAUUAGAAAAAUUCGCUCCCUACCAUCCCCGGAGAUCGAUCGACUAGAGACAUUGGUGACCUUCGCACUAACCGUCGAAAAUUUGGUAGCAACAAUAGAAGCAUGUGGAGUACAGGACUUCGUGUACAACGCUUCGCUCAAGUUUGAAUUAGUGGAUAGGCUACCACCAACAUUGCGAUUGGAUUGGGCGAAGUAUUCUCGAGAUAAUCCGGCCCCGAAUCUUACGGAUUUUAGUUCCUGGCUAUAUUGUAUAGCGGAGGAUGCAAGCGCGGUUAUGCAGACCACUACUUUUAUUUCACGUAACCGAGGCAACAAGAAAGACGCAUUCAUCAACUUCCAUUCCGAAACUGACGUCAAUUGGUACGGAUCCCCUUCGUUUCCAACAAAUGAGGUUCAUACACAUGGACGAGACACGCCAAACAAGUGCGUCGCGUGCAAAGGUUCAUGUUCAUCGCUUACAAGAUGCAAACGAUUCGUCGACCUGAGCUACGAGUCGAAGUGGGCAGUAAUACGAGAAGCGAAAUUGUGUCGUAAAUGUCUGCGCAAGCACAACGGUACGUGUAGACAACAAGGCAAAUGUGGAGUCAAUGGGUGUAGCUACCUGCACCAUCCUCUACUCCAUGCAGAGAAAAUUGAAGUCGAUAGAAGUUUCCCACACACAGAUGCCGCUACGAACACAAGUUGCAAUGUUCACCAAAGCCAGACAAAUGAGGUGUUGUUCCGGAUUGUACCCGUCGUACUUUAUGGUCCAUCUAAAAUGGUUCAUACUUACGCGUUUAUUGAUGAUGGUUCCGAGCUGACGCUCAUAGAACAUUCUCUUGCGCAAGAGCUGGGACUUCAAGGUUCUCAGAAGACGCUCUGCUUAAAGUGGACAGGUGGAACUACAAGAAUGGAGAAUGAAUCUCACAAGGUGGAACUUGCUAUAUCUCCUACGAGAAAUACAUCUCAGAAGUAUCAUCUGACGAGUGUUCGAACUAUACAGGAGUUAAAACUACGACCACAAACUCUGAUAGCAUCCGAUGUGCAGAGUCGAUAUACCCAUCUUGCUGGCAUUCCUCUCGAAUCCUAUACCGAGGUAAGUCCGCGUAUUCUGAUCGGUUUGGAUAAUGCGCGGCUCGGACAUGCAUUCAAGAGUCGGGAAGGAAAACCAUUCGAGCCGAUAGCCGUCAAAACACGUCUGGGAUGGAUUGUGUACGGGAACUGCUCGUUCAAACAACUCUUCGGGAGCCACAUCAAUUACCAUGCUGUACAAGUGUGCGAGUGCAACGAAGGCUCUGAUGAAAAUUUACAUGCAGCGAUGAAAACCUAUUUCACUCUUGACAGUAUGGGUAUCUUCAAGCCUGAUAAGCUACAUCUCUCUGUAGAUGACCAACGUGCUACGAAAAUUCUAGAAACGGUGACUUUUCUUAAAGAAGGCCGCUUCGAAUCUGGUCUACUUUUCAAGUACGACACCGUGCGUCGUCCCGACAGCAAAGCGAUGGCCCUCAAAAGAUGGGAAUGUCUUGAGCGCCGAAUGAAGAAAGACGAUGUUUUGGCGAAGACAAUACGGGAAAAAAUGGCCGAGUACGUUCAGAAAGGGUACGUCCGAAAGUUGACAGAGAAGGAGUUGAAAACCCGUCGACUGUGCGAGUGGUAUCUGCCAGUAUUUCCAGUCUUUAACCCCAACAAACCGGGAAAACUUAGGUUGGUUUGGGAUGCGGCAGCAACAGUUCAAGGAAUAUCAUUGAACUCAGUCCUGCUGAAAGGGCCCGAUCACAUGGCAUCGCUUUUAUCAGUUCUGAUUCAGUUUCGGGAGUUUCGAGUUGCAGUAUGCGGGGACAUUCGUGAAAUGUUCCACCAAAUUAUGAUAAGGCGAGAAGAUCAGUAUUUUCAAUUAUUCUUCUGGAAAGAAAACGAGGAUAAUGACCCACCAGAUGUGUACAUUAUGAAAGUGAUGACGUUUGGCGCCUGCUGUUCGCCCGCGACAGCCCAGUAUGUGAUAAACAUCAACGCCAAACGAUUUGAGCACGAAUGCCCGCAAGCUGUUAACGCGAUUGUGAAAAAUCAUUACGUUGAUGACAUGCUCGCUUGCGUCGAAAAAAAUGAAGAUGCUGUUAAGCUAGUACAAGACGUCAAACGCAUCCACGCCGCAGGAGGAUUCGAGAUGCGAAAUUGGCUAUCCAAUUCAUUAGCUGUCCUGGCUUCCGUUCAGGAAGAAGUGACUAACGAAAAGAACCUCGGAUUUGGCGAAGAAAACGCCACCGAAAAAGUGUCCCCACGGUACAACCAGGAUCUGCUCUCUGGGCACCGACGACCCACUAAACGCGAGGUGCUCCGAACACUCAUGAUGAUGUUCGAUCCAUUGGGCUUUAUUGCACACUUUCUCAUGUACCUAAAAGUACUUCUGCAGGAGAUUUGGAGAUCCUCGAUUGACUGGGACACCCACAUCGAAGAACCACAAUUCCAAAAGUGGCUAAUUUGGUUAAAGGUUUUACCAGAGGUGAACAAUGUCAAAAUUCCAAGGUGUUAUAGAGUAUCCGUGUCAUUAAACAGCAAGGUCCAGAUGCACACGUUCGUCGAUGCGAGCGAGAACGGAUUCGCCGCCGUUAUAUAUCUCAGCCAGUUCGUAGCAUUCCGUGUAAGUGAGAUACUGGAAACAUCAGACGUGAAAGAGUGGCGGUGGGUUCCAACAAAACAGAACGUGGCUGAUGAAGGCACCAAAUGGUCGCGCCAACCGGAUCUCAGUGCAUCCAGUCGCUGGUUUCAAGGACCGGAAUUCCUUCGAAAACCUAAGGCCUAUUGGCCGGCUGCCCCACAGUAUGGGGUGACGGACACGGAAUUGCGAGCGCAUGUGUUCAUGCACGCUCCCACGGAGGAACCGAUUAUAAAUCCACAGAACUUUUCGAAAUGGGCCACUAUGCUACGUACUACGGCAUACGUUUUUCGAUAUAUAUUCAACUCGAAGAUGGUCAGUAAGAGUGAACGGACUAGUGGACCGCUAACACAGCAAGAGUUGAUAAGAGCCGAGAAAUUUCUCUAUCGUCUAGCCCAGCAAUGCGAGUAUGCGGAAGAAGUUUCAAUCCUUUUCGCCAACCGCCUAAAUGAAACCGAAAGCAAUACGAUUCCCAAAAACAGCUCUAUCGUCUACUUCUGUCCUUUCCUCGAUGAGUCCGACGUGUUGAGAGUCCGUGGUCGGACCGGUGCCUGUUCGUUUAUCAACUACGACGCAGUAAAUCCUAUCAUCCUUCCGCGCAAUCAUCACGUUACCCAUCUGAUAGUACUCCAUUACCACCACAAGUACCACCACCAAAACCACAACACUGUUCUAAAUGAGAUUCGCCAGCGAUAUAGAAUUCCUCGUCUCAAAUCCGUAUAUGCUACGAUCCGCAAAGGCUGCCAGAAAUGCAUGAACGAGAGGGUAGUCCCACAACCCCCAGCCAUGAGUGAUCUGCCUCCAUCGCGCCUAGCCGCCUGCUCUCGUCCGUUCACACAUAUGGGGGUGGAUUAUUUCGGUCCAAUUAUGGUCUCCGCAAAUCGCAAAACGGAAAAACGUUGGGUACUAAUUGCUACCUGUCUCACCAUCCGCGCCAUACAUCUGCAAAUUGCACACACACUCAGUACUGAUUCCUGCAUCAUGGCUCUACGCAACGUAAUAGGUAGGAGGGGUGCACCGGCAGUUAUUUACAGCGACCAAGGUACUAAUUUCCGUGGUGCUAACAGAGAGUUGAAGGCCGUUUUGGCGAAUCUAGAUCAACAACGUUUGAUUGCCGAAUUCACUACACCCCACACCAGUUGGAACUUCAAUCCACCAGCUUCUCCACAUAUGGGAGGAGCGUGGGAACGUCUCAUACGCACAGUCAAACAAAACCUCAAUAAGCUUCUGCCAAAAGGCCCGCUUUCCUACGAAGUCCUGGAGAAGUGGAAAACAUCGUGA